UCUGUAGCGUCACACAUAAUCACGACAGAUGUUCAAAAUUUAAAAAUAAGUCAGUGUGGCGCUGCUUACUUACGAGGACAACACAAUGAAUUGUUGUCACACCAAAGUUUGGGCUUUCAUAGCUGCUGCUGUUAAUCUACUAGUUGGAGGCUUGACUUUAGGCGGUUUUAUUUAUAAAGUAGUAGUUAUCAAAAAUGGGCGAAUUGGGAUCAUUGUCAUCAUGUUUUUAAUGAGCAUUUUACUGAUUUAUAACGGAAUUUUGCUAAUUGUUGGGAUAGUUAUGGUGAAUCAAGUGUACGUUUUGUUAUACCUAGUGCUAAACUGUAUGAAUUGGUUAGUGGUGACUUUUGUGAUUAUUAAAGAAAUCUCCCACAACAUAGCGUUCGCCGGAUUUUUAAUACUUGUGAUUAUUAUGACUUGUUUAGAAUUAGUUGUUUACAAAUUUUAUAAACAAAUGUGCAAAUUGGAAAUUAGAGACACGGAAGCAGGUCGUGGCAAAAACAUAUUUCAAAAAUGAUUUUGUAAACUAGCCAAUUUUUUGUAAUUUUAUUCCACAUUUCAUUAAAUUAAAAAUAUGUUUUAGUGUAAUUAUUUGCUGUUUGUUGUAAAUGUGUAGAAAAUAUGAAUUAAAUGUAUUAAAUGAUUGUGUUCAGGAAACUGAAGUAACUAUCAACCAUGAAGUUUUAACUUCGAUCACCUAACAUCCGUCCUCAAAAUUAAUCUAGCAUUUUUUAUUCCAAAUCAAUAAUCCAACAAUAGUAAUAUAUCAUACGUGUUCCAUUUAAUGGUUUCGUUAAGAUAUCUGUAAGCAUUUCUUCUAAAGGGCAAUAUUAAAAACUUUUUUCGUUAUUUUUUCAUAAAUGAAAUAAAAUUUAGUAUUAAUGUGCUUGCCUCAGUUACUAAAUUUUGCAAUUUACUAAAAUUUUAAACAGUUUUGAUUAUCUUUAAACAUUAUCAAUUUAAACUUUUUAUGCUAAAAUCAGUAAAAGCCAUCAGUAGCUUUCUUAACCACAAAGCUUCUUUUAUGUAAGUUUUCAGCUUUUGUUGAAAACAAAGUAACAACUUCUUGUUUUCUACUCGAUCAGCUGGUUAUGCCACCAAAAAAUUUUAACUAAUAAUUACAAUCUCAUUUUCUGUCUGUUUUGUCUCUACUUCAAUCAGCAUAAACAACUAAUUAAAUUUCAAUAUAAAACGUUUUGUCUUUAUAUUUUGUUAAUUGUAAAUAUAUAACAAAAUAAAAUAACAUUUUAUUUUACCCAAAGAUUGAUUUUCAGUUAUUUUCUAAUCUUGGUUUCUGUGGUUGAAUUUUGUCGAUACUUGCUGUUAAAAUAUCAUCAACAUAAUUGAAUAAAUAAAUCCAAUUUAAAAUUUCCCCUUUUAAAUCCAAUAUUUUCAAACAUUUCACUAAUUUUUUUAUACCAAGAUCUUGCUUGAAACAUAAAUCCUUUUUUUUAUUUACAAACCAAUUUUUUUCCUAAUACCACACAUCUGUUUUUUUUCUUUUUUGCUAUUACCAAAAAAGUAAUUAAUGUCGUUUGUCGAACUGCAGGCGCGGGUACUUUAUAAUAAUCAUAAUCAUAUAAUAAUUUUGAAAGUUUCUUUGUGCAACAUGUCUUGCUUUAAAUUGCAUCUUUCUUUGUUUUUUGGACUAAUUUUUAAUUAACUGCUUUUUUUCUACAGAAACUUGCUUUGUACCUUGCUUGUGGACCUAUAUUUUUUCGUCAAAAGAUUCUUUUAUUUUUAAUUUUAUUUGUUUAAUUUCUUUCUUCUAUGUGACGUUUUACAACUUUAAUUCUUUCUUGAUCUUAUUCCUCUACAUUUUUCUCUAGAUUCUUGUAAAUUGCAUUAUUUAACCAUCUUUACUCUUCCGUGAAGAAAUUAUUUCUAUUUCCACUUCCCUAUUAACUUCUUCAAUUCCUGAAUUAUGUAACAAUGUUUUCUUUUUCAUGUCAUUAUCUUCCACAAUCUUGUAGGUCUAUACGCUUUUGAUCUAUUUUUUCAACCAACAAAGAUUAAUUUUGUGGCGGGUUUUUGAGUUUUCAAAUUUGUGUUUUUUUUUACUUUUGGUCAAGCGGUGCUCUGCCAACACUACAAUUUAUUUGUGCAUAAGAUCCUCAGACAUAAUUUGUGAGAAAAACCAUUUUCUGGAGAGAAAGAAUUUGCUGUCAUAAAAACUCUAAUCAUUUCUAAACUAAUUUAAUAUUUAUUAAAAUAAAAUAAAAAUUUGCAAACAUGAAUACGUUAAAAAAAUAUAAAAAAGAUUAUAAAAUGAGUAAACUCUCUGAACUUAUAUGAAUUACAAAAUUUUUACAUUUCACAUCAAAUUUUAGGAUUUGAUUGAAUCUCAAAAGCAUUUUAUCAUUUCUAACAAAUUUCGGAAGCAGUACAGAAAAAUUAUCAUUUUACUAUUAUAACUAACAAUUAAUAAAACCUAAAACUUAUUCAGAGAGAGACUGAAGCAUAGAGACAUACAUUUAGUAUGUAUACAUUUAUUGUGAUUAUUACUUUAAAACAAAUCAUCUUCAAGUUUUAAGUUUUACAAUUCAUAAUUCAAGUUUAUCCCGGUCGAGUAUGGUUAAAGUUAUAAAUUCAUCUUGCAAUGAAUCAAACUUACGUGAUGAUUAUGUUUAUUUUUUCUUCAAAAUGUCUUUAACUUUGUCCAUAUUCAUCUGAACUAAUUAUUUUUGGCUUUCUUUCAAACAUAUUCUUAACUUUUUCUACAUAAAUCAUUUGCUACUUCUAACGGGUAAAUUUUUGUUUAUUGUCUAAAAUCGUUAAUAAAACUUCCUAAAGCUUUUAUAAAUUUUAAAAUCUUAAUUUGUAAGCAAAAAUAUUCUCCUGUGUUAGAAAAACAUAAUUUUUUACUUUUUAAUGCAUCUUUUAAAUAAAAGCUUUUUUUUAAAAAUACAUUUUUAAUUUUUUUAUUUAACAUUUUAAACAUUAUCUGUUGUAACCUGUAGUAAAUUUGUAGAUAAUACGAAAUAAAACUAUUAAACCACUUAUUCAAAAACUGGAAAUAACUAUCUACAAUAAAAAUAGUAUGUUAUGUUAACUUCGAUCUUCUGAAACUUUUUAGUCUUUUAAUUAUUUUAUCAUUUUUAAAUGCGCCAAAAGGUGUACACAGAGCGCCUGUCUGGCGCCACAUGAACUCUUCCUUUUUCAGCAUAUUUUCAGUAAUGAUCAACACUAAAGCCGCAAUUUCGCGUUUAAGAGUGUGUGCUUUUAUUUUGGUAUUCAUAACACCGGUAAGCAAGUUAAAUAAUUAUUUAUUAAUGUUUGUUUAGAUUGCAGGAGCUUUACUACUUAUGGUUGCAUUAAUACAGAUUUUAUCACACUUGAAGGAUGGAUUACUUUUUCUAGACAUUUAUCAACUCACUGUUCCUGUAACUAUCGGAGUAAUACUCAUAAUUAGUGGAUUGUUAUUACUUUUCGGUUUAGUCCAGGAAAAAGCAACGUGGAUUUUUAUUUAUUUGACUGCAAGUAGUCCGAGUUUGGUCUAUUUAAUGUGUGAGGCCGUUUCAAUGCAAUUUUUAGACACACAUUUUAAAAUUCCAAUGGUCAUAGUUGUGGCUUUUUUACUGUGUGACCAGUUCUGUGUGAUUAUAUUUUUCGUGUUUAUGAUUAGGAAAAAAAGGACUGAAAGCGUGGAAAACUUAGUGAUUUUUUACAAAUAUGGGUACUUAAAUAGCACGUUUUCUAGUAGUUUUUCUUUGAGUGAUGUUACAAGUGUUUGAAAAAUAAUAAUAAAAAUUGGUGGAUGCGCCGGGUGAUUUUUUUAUUUUGAAAAUCGAUCCAUUUCCAAGGCGCCAAGAAGUCUGGCGUCUCGUCCCACCCAAUCAAAUCUCUCAGUUUGACUCGUCUCCUGUACCAAAAUGCCGAAACAUUUUUGUGUUUGUAUUAGUUUGAAAAGUGGGGCGAUUAUUAUGUCUUUUUUGAACCUUCUAGAAGGGGCCGUGUUGGCUGUGUCGGCUAUAAUCGAACUUUCGGAUCUAGAUGCCAAAGAACGUUUAAAUUCCAUGACUAGGAAAGUAAAUAUUCUUGAAAAUAUUUGUAACAAAACUGAAAUUUGUAAUUCCACGACCAUACAUCAUUAUAAAUAUGGAGAUGAAGUGUCGGGGCUUGAGGGACAUGUUACUCUAUUUUCAGUGUGUCUUGCAGUAGGGCUUUUGUCCAUGUUCAAUGGAAUUUUGCUUUUAGUCGGGAUUAUCAAGGCGAAGGAAAAAUACGUUUUGCUGUACUUAUUGUUAGGUUCCACAACGUUGUUCAUCGUAAUUAUUUAUAGUGGAAUUUAUAUGUUUAAAAAUGGGGUUCUUUUCCUCUUGUUUUGUUUUUCAGUCUUCAUGUGUUAUGGACAAGUAUUUAUGUUCUAUUUCUACGAAGAAGUCGCCGAAUACAACACUGUUAAAUCGGGAGUUAUCGAAAUAUCGUACAAUGGUGACCCGAAAAGUUACGACAAUUCUGCCGUUGCUGCAGAUGGGAUAAUUGAUAACACAGCAGUUUAAUCACAUUUAUUGCUUUUGCAAUUUAAAGAUUUUGCUUCAGAAUUUGUAGAAUAGUUCAAAUUGUUGAAUGCCACAAUAAUUAAAACAUUGAAAA